AUGGCCUACGCAGACGUUCUUCCUUCCACAACGCCAAAAUAUGAGUUUAAGGGAAUCCAGCAUUGUCUCCAGAUUGUGGAGGGGCCAGGGGAGGAAGAUGAGCAAUGUGAAGGGUAUAUGGAUUCACGUAAUCCGUAUGUUAUUUUUACUAUUGAUGAGCGUUCCUUCCUCGAUUGUUUUGAGAAUUCCGAAGAAAGCUCCCUCGGAAAAUCUUGGGAGUGUUAUGACCCUUCUAUUAACGAGCUUCUCGUCAAAAUUAUGGAGACCGGACCUCAUGCAGUAGGAACUACUGCUUUCACUCGUAUGUUCCUUGCAUGGAGCGAACCAUACAACCCAAAUUAUCCGCUCGUCGGCACAGGAACGAACGUAUAUCGAGGUAGUUCAAACAAGAAGAAACGUGCCGAUUGUUCAUGGACGCCGACAUAUUCAGGGCGUGACAAUAGAUGGCCGACCAUCGCAGUGGAAGUCGCGUGGUCAGAGCCCCGGGGGAAGAUGAUUAGGGAUGUGAAUUUCUGGUUGAAUGAAUCUUCUGGACAGGUCAACAUCGCGCUUACAGUCAAAAUAUAUGAGUGCGGAAGGAUAUCCAUUGAACAAUGGAAGAUGGGCGCCCGCGCUCCAGUCCCCGUUCAGAAAAUUGAGAUCGCGAGGAACCCGGCACCAAAGUGUGAGAAGAUCCAGGGAAGCAUGCGACUCUCAUUUGAGGAUAUCCACCUUAGACCCAAAGGGCCAAAUGACACUGACUUUAUCAUAAGUCAUCGUGAUCUGGAGAUUCUAGCGGAUCAAGUCUGGUAUCAACAGGACCAACCAACAGGACCAACAGGGCAACUCUAG